AUGUCAAAUUUUGAUAUUCGACGUUUAUAUGUUUCACGUACGUGUACUCUAUUAUUUUAUGCAUAUAAUGUCGCCGGUGUUGCAGUUCCAUUUGCUUUUGUUACUUUUUCCAUUAAUCGAUUAUGUCUUAUAGUUUAUCAUGCAAAACCUUUCUUCAAGAAAAAACGAUGGUUGAUUAUAUGUAUUGUAUGUCAAUGGAUAGGUGAAUUUAUUAUUUCAUUGCCAUCUAUUUUUCGAAAAGAACCAUAUUGUAAUACUGAAUUAUGGGGAAGAAUUUAUACAUGUAUGAUGGCUGUUUUUGUACCUUCAUUUAUCAAUAUUAUGCUAAAUAUUGCUAUAUUUAUUCGUGUUCGAUCUGCUACUCGUCGUGUUCAACCUCGAACGAACAAUACAUCAGAAAAUUCUAAUCGUAUUCAACAAGCAAGAAUUAGUCCUCGAGAGAUUUUUUUAUUACGGCAAAUGAUUUUCAUUUUUUUGACAUUUAUUAUAGGUUGGACUCCUGUUUAUAUUGUUAAUAUUAUCAAUCCAAUUCUGCACAUUCAUCCAAUUAUUUCUCAACUUAGCAUAUUAUUAUGUGAGGUGUCUUUAUUAAGUAUCAUUAUAAAUUUAUUUAUGUGGAAUCAUGAAUUAAGACAAUAUUUCUUCAAUAAAAUUCGACAUUGUUUUGUGUAUAUUUAG